GUAUGGGCUCAGGCUGCCGCCUCCGCCCGGCCGCCCGCCCGGACUGUCGCGGCCCGCGGGGGCGACGGCGGCGGCAGCAAAGUUUUCCCGGUGGCGACCCGGGGGCGCUUCCUCCCGCAACUGUCAUGCGCUGGCAGCGGAAAUGAUGAGACGCUGGCCAUUUUCCGAGCCUGGGUUUCCUGCCUGAGCCCCGCGCGAACGAGCCGCGAGCGAGCCGCCGGCGCGCGGGACACAACGCGCCCGGGGCGGGGUUCCGCCCGCCCCCUCGGACUUCGGGGGGGUCGGGGGCGCGCGACGCCAUGGGCCGGCCGGGCCCGGACCCCCUGUCUCUCAGGUAAGCCCGCCUUUCCCCGCUCUGCCUUCCCCAGCGGCUGGAAGGGCUUUAAUGCGGGAAGAGGAGGCCCCGUAGCCAGUUCUGCUCAGCCUCUGCACACCCCCAUAAUAUCCCCAAAUAUGCCUGCAGCUCGUUCAGAUGGGGCGUGUAGGGAGACCCUUACCUGCCUCUUGCGACAUCACCCCUGCCGAAACCCCACCCACACACGUGCUGGGAUGUACUAAGGGUAGCCAAGGCAGUGGGUGGGGGGGCUGGGAGAGGUAUAGCCAACAGCCCCAAACCACCUCCAAAGUCGCCCAGCCCCCAAGGACUGCACUGCCCGCAACUCGUGCCUGGUAAGGCGGGGUUGAGGGUCACCGCUUGGAAUCUUGAAAGUGAAAGUAGUCAAACUGAGGCUGUGAGAAUGGGUGAGCCCUCCAUGAGCAGGGCGCAGGGCCCCUCCCCGCUCCCCAAGGCCAGGCCAUGUGGUUCAGAGGGUAGCGGCCCCAAUUCCGGAAGCCCCUCUUCCCACUCCCUGGCCUGCGUCUUGGGCCAGGCCGGGUGUCCAUACCGCUACAUUUGGAGGUCCACUAGGGUUUAAAGAGCCUACACUCUCGAGGCAUCCUUAGGCUGGGCCUCCCAGGUCGCGGGCCUGAGGCUCCUGGGGAACCCCACCCCACCACACAUACAAAAUGGGCGGGGGGCGUUGGCCUCAGGUCAGCAGAGCCGGGAGGGUAUUUCUGAGGCCUCGAAAGCCUGCUGCAGAAAUUCCCUCGCUUCCUUCCUUCUGAUUGUGGGAGCUUUUGUUGGGGGGGAGGCUGCAUUUGAGGAACUGGGGUGGGGGCCUGCCUGCCCGUCCGCUUCUUUUUUUCUUUAAUUUCCUCAUUCUCCCGUUUCUCUUCCCCAUUCCCCGGCCACGAUGAUGUAGGUGAGGAGGUCACUGCUUGCAGCUGGGGGCCUCCGGGGGGGGGGCACGGCCGGCCUCCGCUGAGUGGGAGGAAGUGAAAUCCAGAGCAGAGCGCCUGGGGAGGCUUGUCAGCAGAGCCAAGGUCCAGCGUUGGGGACGGAAGGGGUUGAGACCUGACCCGAACCCCCUUCGCCUGGGAGAUGCGCAUCCUGGUCACCCCCCAGCUGCCAGACCCCGCCAGGGCAGCCUGGCCAUCUCACGGCCCCAUUUUCGAGUCCCUUCAAGCAAAAGUCUCCAGGGACAGGGGCGCCCGAGUCAUGUCUGGAUUUCCCAUCCCUGACCUAGGGGCUGGAGCGGAAACAGCUCGCGAGGAUCCCAGGGACCUGCGGGGGCUGGAGACUCGGUCUUAAUGGGGGGAGAGCAGGCAGAGGCCCCCUGGGCGGGCUGGGGUCAGGGGACGAGAGGCCAGGGCCCGUUGGGGGAAGUUGGAAGGGUUUUUUUUUAAUACACUUGGCUGUGCCUUUUCCCACAACCCCUCUCUGGGGGAGAAAUCCUUCUGAGCCAAAGGGUGAACAUUCCUAGAACUCCUGCGAGUCCCCGUGGGCCACGGCUGGCUGCAGGCGGCUGGCUGCAGGCACAGGGCUGAAGUACAGCUGGGGUCUGAGGACUGCUGGGCUCAGCAGUGCUCGAGGAGGGUCCUGGAGGCCUAGGUUCCAAUCUCUCCCUGCCUCUUUCUGCUGAGGGAGUGGGGCAAGUGACAUGUGUGAGCCUCAGUUUCCCCUGUGUGAAAUGGGGUCAUAGCAGGUUGCGGUGGAAAUUAAUGUGCCAGUUUGUGAAAAUCACCUACUUGCUGGCAGAGAAAAAGAGUUCAGUUACAGGUGGCGGUAGUGAUUUUUUACAGUAUUUGUAUUGUGAUGAAAAUACACGCAACAAAACACACCAGCUCAGCCAUUUCUGCAUGUAUAAUUCAAUGCUAUUACAUUUAUCAGGUUGUGCAGCCAUUCUUGAUGUCCUUCUCCAAGGGAUUCCAAGUUGUUCUUGUUUGUAUCAUUCGUGGUGGUGGUGCUGGCUGGGCACUGUUCCUUUAUCAGCAUGCCUUGAGCACCUGCAGCACUGAAGUUCCCCUAGUCUUUGGGAGGAGUGCUGAAGUCCAGGGCUGUUGAGGUGAUGGCAUUAAUCACCCCGCCUCAGUUUCCUCAUCUGUCAAAUGGGUAUGAUAGUAGUUCCUACUUUUUAGGGCUGUUGGCACGGUAAAAGAAUGUUUAGAAUGACUUGGUCCACAGGAGCAGUAGCAGUAAGAUGGCAUUAUUAUGAUCUUUUUUUGUUGUGGCUGUUAGCCUCACUUGUUUUUCUCCCUGACCCCUCUUACUGCCCCUCGCCCCCUCACCCCCUAAACCCUUGGCUUGAGCCUUCUUUGGUAAAGAGACCUUUCUAGAACAAAGUGCAUCCUGUAGGACUGCUGCAGAUACGGUGGCAGCCUGGGCCAGGCAGCUGCUGGGUAGCCCCACAGCAGAGCAAGUCAGCCAACGGGGACUUUUGGGUGCCUGGGUCCAGCUGUGCCACCUCGGACACUGCCCACCUCCUGCGUGGUGGAGCCUCCUCCAGGGCAGAAGCCAGGGGAAAAGGACAUGAAGGCACUUGGAGGGGCUGCCCCGGGUGGGGCAAGACAGGGCACCCUCCCCAGCCAUGGGGGGCUCAAUGAGGGGGCUCCCAGGGGACCCAGCAGGGAGCUGCCCUGGCACUUCCCCUCAAACCCUUCUCAGGGGCUGAUUUUCUUGAGGGUACACCGUUGCUGGUAAUUCCUGGGUUGGUCACCUAACCUCUCCAAGCCAAUUUAUUCGGAGUCCGUGAAAGAAUUUUAAUCGCUCCCUUCACAGUUUGCGAUGGAGUGUUGAUGAGCCAGCAGUAAAGGACUGGACCGGCACUCAGUUAGUGAUGACCUGACCUCCCUGGGCCUCACCUGCCUAGUGGGGCCAACAGUCCUGGCCUCUCCAAGAUGGUUGUGCAGACAAAGUAUACUAGCUAGGGUGGUAAAGUGCCUGGCACGGAGUAGUGACUCGAACCAGGCUGGCUAUAAUUACCAUGGGUGUGUGACCUUGGGCUUGUCCCUCAACUUCUCUGAGCUACAGGUUCUCCUCAUCUACAUAAUGGGGAUAAUAAUUAUCACCUAAUGGAGUUGUUUUGGGAGAACAGGCAUGCACAUGCCCAGCAUGCAGUCAGCAUGUAAAAGUUCCCGCUGAUGUUAUUAACACCCAAGGGCAUCGCACUUAACUGUCAGGUUUCCUGGGAAGAUGGGCUUCUGUGACCCCAGGUGUUCGGCAUCUGCCUGGGCGGGGCAGGAAGCUGCUUCCAUCUGGCGGAGACUGUCUGGGAGAUUCCAGGGGUGAAGUACAAGGGAUGUGUUCCCAGCUAGCCCCCAUUCCCAGCUACCCACCCUCCCCAAGGAAACUGAGGCCGGCAGGCUGCCCAAGGGAAGUGACUCAGCUGGGGUCACUCGCUGAGUCAGUCCUAAUUGGACCCAGGAGCCCUGCACCCCAGCUCUCAGCCUUCCGGGGCCUGAGGCUCUCUGGGGAUCAGGGAGGCCCAAGGCUUGGCAACUGGACAAUGGCCACAGCUGGACCCACACUCACUUGGGUCCUGUGGCCUGAGUGGCCAGUGUUCCUUGGUCAGGGCUUGAGGGUCCAGCUGGGCCACCCAGCCCAGUGUCCUCCUCCUACCCAGCUGGGGCAGGGGGGCACUUUCCCGGGAGAGCAGGUCCUGCUGGCGUCCCCCAGCCCCGCCCUGGCCGGAAACCCGGCAGCUGAGCAGAUGGCUGGAAGAUUUUUCCUCCCACGCCACCCUGUCAGGGGUCGGCCAGGGGGGCUGGGCUGCGGGCUUCCUCGUGAGCCGGGCCUGGAGCCCCUGGGGGCCCACCCGGAUGUGGCCCCCCCAGCCGGCCGGGGGGAGCCAGCUGCUGCCCAGGACGCAUGUCCCCAGGGAGGCCUGGGAGGGAGGAAGUCUGUGCCCCGCUCAGCCUGAAGCUGACUCACGGGGUGCCCAAUGGGGGGGGUUACCUGGUAGGGGACCUGGUUACGGGUGCCUGGGCGGAAAUGAGGCUGGGGAAGGUGGACACAAAAGAGGGCCUUUGACAUGGAGCAUUCGCCAGCCAUCUGGGGAGGAGAGGCCCAGAGAGUGUAACGUGCACCUGGAGAGGCAUGCAGACGCAGGAGGGCUUCAGCGCACCCCUCCUGAGACCCUAAAGCAGCUGACCUUGCACCAUUGGGGGGCACGCUGAGAGGCCUCCACCUUGAUAGCAUCUCACCCCUCUUCUCUGCUCAACCUGGGAGUUUGGCGGGCACUGUCCAGUGUGGAGAUGGUCCCAGAAGCCUAGCUGGGAUGGUGGUGGGUGUCAGGCUGGGGUAGGGGCAGAGGAAGCUAGAGGACAUUUCCUGCUUUGGCAGAUGUGCUGCACUAGGUGACCCUGGAGACAGCACAGUGUGUAUGGGCUGCCCCACCUCUCAGGCUCCCCACAGCCCCAGAGCCUUUGCCUCCUACUCCCUGUGGGUUUGUCUGCAUCUGGCCAGUGUGAAUGUGUGAAAGGGCAGUGGAAUUCCACCAGCCCUCAGGGCCUCCUUGGGCAGGGGUCUGGACUCCUGGAGCAGCUAGUACUGUGGAUGGGGAAGACAGAAACGUUCCCUGUGGCACGGAGUCAACCUGGCGGCCUCCCUGGAGGAGGCGGCGGCUCCCGCUGUAGGCAUGGGCCUCUGCCCAAACAGCUGUGAGCUGGGGCAGGGAGGUGGUAGCAACUCUCCAGCAGCGGGUGAAUCGCUUUCUCUCUGGGAGCCUCAGUUUUCUCAACUUGAAAGUUGACUUCUUUCCAGGGGGACUCUAAAGGUUGGAGGCCUAGAUACCACACUAGCUUCAUAGAAGGGGAGUGAGGUUUUUCCUUUUCCUCUGGGGAUGGGGAGGGAUCUGAUCUUUAACUGUAAAUCAUUUUUUAAAUUACUCAAUUAAUAAUUGUUUCCCGUCAAGAGCUUCUCAGUCCCCUACCCCCAGGGCUGGCAUGGUCUCAUCAACUGCUCUCAGUUUUCUUUACCACAAUUUAAAACAUCCUCCCAAAUAACUUUUUUUCCUGGUUUUUGGGUGGUGAGAAUGUUCUGGAAUUAGAGUGGUAUGGUUAUACGACAUUGUAAAGGUAUUAAAAGCUACUGGACUGUACACUUUAAAGCGGUUAAAAAGGGAAUUUUAUGUUAUGUGAAUUUGAUCUCGAUAAAAAAAAUCCUCCAAGCCUUGGCAGGUGGAAUCCCCACAGCGGGGAAGGCUUUCUUUGCACCUGGGCCUGGUCAUUAACAAGGAAACGUUAGCUUCCCUGAAUUACAAUUAAUUAUAGGGGCUGUUGCCGUGGGGAGACACUGGUGAGCCCCAUCUCUGGGUCACGGGUGUGAGCUGGCCCCACAGCGCAGAGCAAGCCGUCCAAGCUUCUAUGAGUUCUCACUGUCUUGUGUGGAGACUUGAGGGUCCCUUGGGGUGGAUAUGCUUGAAUGAGGAACACCAGGCCAAGGCUUUGGCGUUAAGGUCCUUGCCAAGCCUCCCUUAGCAGGCACUCUGGAAACCACAGCUGUGCUCCUGGGUCGCAGGCUGACCCCACCCACCCCCAGCUGGGUCCCUGAAUAAUGGGCGUGGAGUAGCUGCCUCCAUGUGUUUGCCGAGGGGACUAGAGGCCGGUGCCAGGGCACACCCAGAUGAGACUGUCCUUGUCCCUCACCUAGCUGCAGGACCUUGGGGAAUCCUGAAGACUGCCCAGCUAGGGGCUAGGGUGCCAUUGACUAUCCUGACCCCCUGCCCCAAGACCCCAGCGGCCACCCCAGGCUGAGGGUGAGAGGGAUUCCAGGACUUCUGCUCUUAUCUCUGGCGAUACCCCAGUGAAGGCACCUUUGUGGGGAAGGCUGUUCAUCCCUCUGGCUGCCCAGCAUCCCAGGGGCUCCACUGGGGCUUGGGCAGAGGUACCCCAAAGUCCCCUCCCCACUCACACCCUGCAGACUGAGCCCAGGGGUCUCCUGGAUCAAAAUUGCUUCCAGCUGAGAACUUUUUAAUCACUGAUCCCAGAGUUGGCCCCAUCUGACCAGUUGCUCUCCAUCUGUGCCUGGCACAUAGUAAGUGUUCAGUAAACCAAGGCCUGAGCGGGGGACUGCCUUCCUGUGGGCUGGCUGCCCGCCUGGCCAGGAAGCCUCUCUGGCGCAGCCCCCUCCCCGGCCCAGGCCGCAGCUGACUGCUCUGGCUGGUGAUUUCCUGCCUGGAGCUGCCUGAGCAGCCGCCUCUCCCCUGAGAAGGCCUUUUGUUCGGGCUCCCUUGAUGCCCCCGGCCCGGCCCGGCCCGGCCCGGCCCACAAGGCCAGCUCCCCCUGCGGCUCUCAUGGUGGGCAGGCUGGCACUCCCCAAAGCCAGGGUACCACUGUCUUAAUGCAAAAACCAAAACCCAAACCACACCCACUGCCAUCGAGUCGAUUCCGACUCAGGAGCCGUAUAGAACAGAUGAGAACUGUCCCAUAGGGUUUCCAAGGCUGUAAAUCUUUAAGGAAGUAGCCUCCCACAUCUUUUUCCCAUUCAAACGCCAACAGUAAGUAAUAAAACAGCACCGGCGACUGGUUUCUUGAGCCCUGUGCCAAGCAUCCUGCAGGCAACAGCUCUUUGAGUGCCCCUAGCUAGCACCAAGAGAAGAACAUCAGCCCAUUUUACAGGUAACGCUGAGGCUCAGAGAAGGAAGCUCCCUCUUCCACAUCACAUAGCGAGGAGGUGGCAGAGGCAGGAUUUGAACCCACAUUUGGUCCAUGGAUCCACCACAAAAGGGGGCAUCGAGAGGAAGGUAUCAGUGGCUUUCUCAGAGCCCCACCACCUUUUGCUCUAGUUGGUGUGAGUUGGGAACGUGACUCCGGAGGCUGGAACGUGAGCUGACCCUGUCUAAGCUCAGGAACUCAUUAAUUUAUACCUGUAACAUUUCUGGAGCACUGGCAGGGCAGUAUUAGCAGAAAUGAAGUGCUUCUCAGCCCUGGGGUAGGGGGUGCAGGCCCAGGUAGGGGCAGGGGGAUGGUAACAUCAUCCACAUUUAGCCAGCAAAUGUAGCCAAGUGAGCCGGGUCCCCAUCUCAGCUCUGCCCCUUGCCGGCUGUGUGACUGGGGCAAGCUGCUCCUUCUAUGCCUUGGUUUGCUCAAUCUGUGAAAUGGGCAUAAUGCUAGACCUCGCCCUUCCUAUGGGGAUUAAAGGAGUGCAUGUAUGCCAAGUGUUUGGUACAGAGGAGCACACGUAGAAAACCUGAACUAAUGUCGUUUAUUUAGUGACCGUUGUUUUCUCUUUUCCACUCUGUGGCUAUUUUUCUAACCACCUGGUGGGUUUGGGAACUGGACCAGAAGUUGAGGCCGACUCAGGCCUUACACCUCCACUUCCCCCUGCAGCUCACCAUUCAUUCAGUGACCACUCAUCGGGAGUGGCUCCCCGUUCUGUGCGUCUGGGCACUGAUCAGGCCUUUGGGGGCUGGAACCCUGGUGGUGCAGUGGUUCAGAGCUCGGCUGCUAACCAAAAGGUCGGCAGUUCAAAUCCGCCAGCUGCUCCUUGGAAACCCUACGGGGCAGUUCUUCUCUGUCCUGCAGGGUCAGUAUGAGUCAGAAUCAACUCUAUGGCAAUGGGUUUUUUUGUUUUGGUUUUCCACGUGGGGGUUCCUAUUUGCCAUUAGCUGCGGGACUUCUUUGUGUUUCAGUUACCCCAUCUGUAAAAUGGGAGCAACAACGGGACCUACCUCCUCCAGUUGCCUUGAAGGCUUUGUAAAAGUGGUUAGAAGCAUGCCUGAUGUGUAGCAGGGGUGCAUUAAAUGGUUCUGUUCUUAUGGGGGAGUCAGGGGAAGGGGCACAGUUAGGAGGGCCCCCAGCCAUGGCCAGGGCGGCAAGCGAGUUCCUAGUGGGUGCAGCUAUUCUGGGGAAGGCUCCUGCCAGGCUUUGGCCCUGGAGUUGGGGCUUUGGCACACUGACACAUAAGGGUUGGCAGAGACAGGUGUUCCAGGCCAAGGGACAGGCACUGGCAGAGGCCCAGGACACUGAGAAGGUAGGCUGGCCCAGUGAAGGGUGACCACUGGCCAGUGCUGGCCACCAACUGACCUCUUAAUGUUGAUUAAUUCAUGCCAUAAGCAUUUAUUGAGCUACUACUGUAUGCCAGGGUCUGGAGAUAGAGCGGGGAGUGGCUCUUGGUCUGAGCACAGAGUCCAGUGGGAAGACAGUUGCUCAGUAAAGUAUCACAGAUACUGAAGGACGAUGUAGGUUGAGGGACACCUUCAUGUCUCCACUCAGCUGCUGAGCUCAGGGAAGGCUUCUCCAAAGCCGUAUGUGGUGUGAGUGUGGAAGCAGAUGGAGAGCUGACUGGCUGAGGGAACGGGUCAGACCAACUGGCUGAGGCAGCCAGUGUGGUAGCCGGGUCAGACCAUCCAGGGCUGCCCAGGUAGGGCAGGAGCUUGGGUUUGGGUUCUGAGAGCUCUCUGGGGACCUCUAGCCCAUGAAGACAGGGCCUGCCCCCCUCCAAAGUCAGGGAUUGACAAAGGACCCUCCGUCCUCAGCCAUAGGGGUGGUUUUUAUGGCAGAGCAUGGUGGUCAAGGACACACGUGGCUCCUCUCUCUUCCCUUCCACCUGGCAGCUUUUACAGACAGCCUACUAUGUGCAAAGUGCCUACUGUAUGCCUGCUGAGGACUCUGGUAUGUAGAACUGUGGUACAGAGUGCCCUCCCAGUACCCUCCACUGCCUGGGUACCCUGCUGCCAUGAGCUGCAGGGUUACUGCAGGCCUGGAGGAGGCAGGGCAGCCUUCAUCGCCCUUGUCAUUGCCCUUCAGGGCUGUCCAGCCUGAUAGGGCUGCAUGAAGUGGGAUUUGGGGGAAAGAACCCUGAUUUCUGGGUUCAAACCUCAGUGUUGAGUCCUGUUUCAGGGACUCCUUACAACUACCUUAUGAGGUGGAUGUCAUGCUGACCCCCACAUGGCAAAAGAGGAAACUGAGGCUUGGAGAGGUCUAGGCAGGUGUCAGAGGCCACACAGCCAGUAUAUGUUCCCUGUAAAUGAGAGCACCAGGGGGUUCGUCUGGUUCACUGCGCUGUCCCUGGGGCCAUGCACUAUGCCUGUUCUACAGUGUUGUCCUUAGCUGCUAUCGAGUUGGCCCCCAGCUCCUGGUGACCCGUGUGUUACAGAGUAGAACUCCAUAGGGCUUCCUUAGCUGUGAUCUUUAUGGAAGCAGUUCACCGGGGCUUUCUUCCAUGGAGAGCCACCGGGCAGACUUGACUUGCCAACCUUUAAGUUGGCUGUUACUGUGUGCUAUCAAGUUGAUUUUUGACUCAUCGCGACCCUACAGGUCAGAAUAGAACUGCCCAUAGAGUUCCAAAGGCUGUAAUCUUUAUGGAAGCAGACUGCCACAUCUUUCUCCUGCCUUGUUAAUAUGUUCCUUCUUAUUUUUAUCAACACCAAUUGUAUGUUCUCAGAACAUUUAAAUAGCAACAACAACCAAAAAAAUGGAGUUGCCAUGGAAUCUGACUCCUGGUGACCCCAAGCAUGUCCAAGUAGAACAGUGCUGCAUGGAGUUUUCAAUCACUGGUUUUUGGGGAACAGACUGCCAGGCCUUUCUUCUGAGGCACCUCUGGGUGGAUUCAAACCUCCAACCUUUGGUUAGCAACUGAGUGCUCUGACCAUUUGCACCACCACCCAGGGAUUCCACAAGAACAACAGCUGGCCUUUAUUAAACAUUUACUAGGCUCUAAAGCCUUUAAAUGUAUUAAUCUUCAUGACAGUAUGAGAUAGUACAAUUAUCCCCAUUUUACAGGUGGGGAAACUAAGGCUGAGAGAAAUUAAGUAACUUGCUUAAGGUCACACUCCAGUAAGUGGUGGUGCUGGGAUUUGAACUCAGGUCCCAGAAUCCCUGUUCUUAACCCUAUUUUCUAGGGAGAAGCAGUUAACAGGCUUCCUUGGUUACUUUCCCCUGCACCCCAGAGGCCACUGCUGUUUCUGGAUGGGUUUGCUCCAGCCAGACCCUUCUUGCCUGUAUUUAAAUAUACUUAACGUACAUUUGGAAACCCUGGUUGCAUAGUGGUUAAGUGCUACAUACAGCUGCUAACCAAAGCGUCGGCAGUUCAGACCCACCAGGCUCUCCUUGGAAACUCUACGGGGCAGUUCUACUCUGUCCUGUAGGGUCACUAUGAGUCAGAAUCGACUCGACGGCACUGGGUUUGGUUUUUGGUUUAUGUACAUUUACGUACACAUAGAAACUGGUAGCUUAGUUUUGUGCAUGUUUACAUUUACAGACGUACAGUUUGUAUUGUUCUGUGGUUUGCUUUUUUGCUUAAAAGUGUAUGUUGGAGAUCUCUCCGAGGCGAGAUGCAGAAUAUUCCUACAGAGGUACCAGUUGAUUUCAGCCCCUGCUGAUGGACAUUUAGGUUGUAUCUGACUAUCCUGUGAUAAACACUGCAGCAGGAAGCGUCUGUGAGGUGUGUCCUCACACAUUCCUCUCUGUGCAAAUGAGCAAGAAUAUUUACAUUCCUCUGUGCAAAUGAGCAAGAAUAUUUAAGAGUGCAAUCAAACACUUAAAAGUGGAGUUAUCGGGUAUAUACUAGAUCCUGCCAAGUUAUCCCCCAGUACCAGCAACACUGCAGGUGAGUGCUUAUUUCACCACAUCGUCACCAGCACUGGGGAUUAUCGGUGAUUUUACGUUUUCGACGAUGUGCUGGGUGUUGUUUUAAGUAGCCGUUUGCUUUCUGCGUGCUCACUCCUGCCCUGCACCCGCGUUGUGUGUUUCAGCCUGGCCGUUCCUCCUCGGUCUCCGCCAUGAAUGGUCCCACCCUGCAGCCUGCCUCGACCUCCUCCGCGUCCUCUGCCUCACCUGCCGGCGUGUCCUCGGUCACGGCAGCAGCCUCCCCGUCGCCCCGGGGCUGGAGUGAGUUCUGCGAACUGCACGCCGUGGCCACGGCCCGCGAGUUGGCCCGGCAGUACUGGCUCUUCGCCCGCGACCACCCACACCACGCGCCGCUGCGCGCGGAGCUGGUCUCGCUGCAGUUCACCGACCUCUUCCAGCGCUACUUCUGCCGCGAGGUGCGCGAGGGCCGCGCGCCCGGACCCCCGGCGCGGGACUACCGCGAGACCGGCCACGGACCCCCAGCCAAGGCCGAGGCGGGCCCUGCCGAGGCGAACACGCACCCCACCGCCCCCGCUCUGCCCAAGGCACGCAGCUCUGAGGAGCUGGCCCCACCGCGGGCGCCAGGGUCCUGCGCGCUCCAGCACCUGCGCCGCAGCCUGCGACACAUCUUCCGCCGCCGCUCAGCAGGGGAGCUGCCCGGAGUACCCGGAGCCUGUGCUGCUGGUGAGGCGAGCGAGGCCCCGGCACGACCUGGACUGGCCAGGAAGCUCCUGCCCUGGAACCUGGCCCGAGAGCCACCGCCCGAGGCCGUCAAGGAGGCGGUGCUGCGCUACAGCCUGGCAGACGAGGCCUCCAUGGACAGUGGGGCGCGCUGGCAGCGCGGGCGGCUGGCCCUGCGGUGCAUCAGCACCCCAGACGGUGGCUCCGACCGCGUGCUGGAGCUCUUCGAUCCGCCCAAGAGUUCAAAGCCCAAGCUGCAGGCAGCCUGCUCCAGCGUCCAGGAGGUCCGGCGUUGCACCCGCCUGGAGAUGCCCGACAACCUCUACACCUUUGUACUCAAGGUGAAGGACCGCACAGAUGUCAUCUUUGAGGUGGAAGAUGAGCAGCAGCUGAACACGUGGAUGGCAGAGCUCCGGGAGUGCCGAGGCAGGCCGGAAAGCGAGGUGGAGCCGCCUGUGCCCUCAGCCCUGGAGCCCGGCCUAGCCAGCUCCCCAAGGGGAAGCACAGAGUCCCUUAACCAAGGUGCUUCUCCUGGAGGGUUGCUGGACCCAGCCUGCCAGAAAACGGACCACUUCCUGUCCUGCUACCCCUGGUUCCACGGCCCCAUCUCCCGAGUGAAGGCAGCCCAGCUGGUCCAGCUGCAGGGCCCCGCAGCUCAUGGUGUGUUCCUGGUGCGGCAAAGUGAGACACGGCGCGGCGAGUACGUGCUCACCUUCAACUUCCAGGGCAUAGCCAAGCACCUGCGCCUGUCGCUGAGUGAGCGGGGCCAAUGCCGAGUGCAGCACCUCCAUUUCCCCUCAGUGGUGGACAUGCUCCACCACUUCCAACGCUCCCCCAUCCCGCUUGAGUGCGGCGCUGCCUGUGACGUCCGCCUGUCUAGCUACGUGGUCGUUGUCUCCCAGCCACCAGGUUCCUGCAACACCGUCCUGUUCCCGUUCUCCUUGCCUCGCUGGGACUCAGAGCCAGGCCUUCCUCACCUCAGCUCUCCUACCUGUCCCCGGGGGCUAGGCCCCGAGGUGCCCCCCGGCCGCUCCUCUCCCCCAGAGCAGAUCUUCCACCGGGUGCCUUCGCCCGAGGAGCUGGCUGACAGCCUGCGGCUCCUGGAGCCUGGGCCUGAUGUGCGGGCUCGGGACUCAGACUAUGAACUGGACACGUCCUCACGGAGACACUUGCGGGCCAUCGACAAUCAGUACACACCCCUCUGACAGGCCGUGGCCUCCAGACGCACAAGGAACAUGCAGAGUUGUGGACUUGAAUGUACCUGUCUUUCCUCCCUCCCAGAGAGAGCUUGAAGGGCCUCCUGUGAGUUCCACCACCUGCUUUCUCCUCACUGUUUACAGAUGUAGAUCAUGUUCGCUGACGCCGCCUGCUCCUGCCCUGGGUCCUUAGACCAGUCACGCUCACUAGAGGCGGCAGGGUGAGGCCCAGGGCCUGCAGUGGAAACUUGUUCUCUUUCUCACUGACAUUGUCAUCACGGCUGAUGACAGACUUUUAUUAGGGGGUCAUCAGGAAGCCCAAAACACUAACAGCCCUGGAUUCUCCCAUGGUUUUCCCACCGUAGCUCUUGCCACAGGUGACCACACCUAGUCCUGCUUCUACUCUGCUUUAGGACAACGCUCUGUCAGAGGGACAAACUAAAAAGCUCAAAAAUGAUUUUAAACAUUUUACCUCAGAUUAAUUUUUUAAAGGAUUCAGGUCUCAAAACUAAACCCUUGCUUGUCUCACUGCACUGUAUACUAACACCCAUGCCACUUUCCUACGUAGUUGGAGACAGCUAUGCAGCCCUUCCCGACUAGGUCCCACUGCCCACGCCACGAUGCUUGGCUUCCUUGGCCACCACACCUCAGGACAGCCACCUGCUGCUGAGCAGCCACUGUCCUUCCUGUAUGUAGAGAAGUGAAGCAUGCGUGUCACCCUUUCAGGGAAAUUCAGGCAAUUACUGAAAUAGGGUGGCAAGGGACAGCUCUACCCCAGUGCCUUAUGAAUAAAAAACUGGAUUCUGGUUUACAGCA